AAGGACCUGCCUGGGAAGCACCUGCGGAGGGCCAGCUACAGACUGCGCCGGGAAUCGAAGCCGUCCAUGGCCUACCUGCACCCCGGCGACUGGAGGAAACCCUGGAGAUGACCGGCCCAGCUGAACACAGAAGACCUGACGUCUCAUGGGAAGCCCCAACACAGACUCUGUGUCAGGGAAGCUGCUCCAUGCUGCUAAUGUGAUAAGCCUGUGACAUAUUCCAAGAACCUAGGGGCAGGGAUCAUUGUGAGAAAUCUACAUAUAUACAGGCCUCCAGGGGGAGCACUGGUGCAGCCACUGUCUGGUAGAUAGGCAUGAGGAAAGAGGCCCGCUGGGAAGGGCUCAAUACAUGCGCUCAGCACCUGAGAAGAAUCCCCGAGGAACCAGCCCCAGGAGGGCAAGGGGAGCAAAGUCUGGCACACGCUGGUCUCAAAACUGGUCAACAGUGAGGCACUCUGCUGACAGCGACAGUGGUAGGGAGAUGCCUGGGCGUUGGAAGCUCUUUGCAGCAUGGUAAGGAGACGUAACCUUCUGACCACACUCCUGAUCGUUUUGCCAUGGGCUCUUCUUCUAACCUUGUGGCAUCAGUACCCAGCCACCCGCUACCUCAUCCUGCUGAGAAAAGAGACAGAAGAAAAUGCAACAGCUAAAGCUCGCUUCAAUGGUACAUCCCCGUUGCGGGAAGAAGGGCUCCCGUCAUGCAGCUGGCAGCAAGCCUCGGGGGUGGCUCCAAAAGUCAUCCAGAACUAUGUGUAUUCUCGGCCUCCUCCCUGGUCGGACACUCUCCCAACCAUCUUUGUAAUCACGCCCACCUACACCCGGCCGGUGCAGAAGGCUGAGCUGACCCGACUAGCCAACACCUUCCUACAUGUGCAGAACCUGCACUGGCUGGUGGUGGAGGACUCACCCCGGAGGACCAACCUGGUGUCCAACUUGCUGGAGAAGGCGGGGCUCAAUUUCACCCACCUGAAUGUGGAGAGCCCGCAGAGUCUGAAGAUGAGUGGACCCUCGAUCCCAUCCCACAAGCCACGGGGGACACUGCAGAGGAACCUGGGGCUGCACUGGCUAAGAGACAGCUUCAACAACACACAGCCACCAGAAGGGGUUGUGUACUUUGCUGAUGAUGAUAACACCUACAGCCUGGAGCUCUUCGAGGAGAUGCGCUAUACGAGGAGGGUAUCCGUAUGGCCAGUGGCCUUCGCUGGGGGUCUGAGGUUCGAGUCUCCCAUAGUGAGCCCAGCGGGGAAAGUGGUGGGCUGGAAGGUGGUUUUUGACCGUAACCGGCCCUUUGCUAUUGACAUGGCUGGAUUUGCAGUCAGCAUCAGACUGAUCUUGGAGAGGCCUCAAGCCACUUUCAAGCUGGAGGGAGUUAAAGCAGGCUACCAAGAAAGCAGCUUGCUGAAGGAUUUGGUGACUAUGGAUGGACUGGAGCCCAAAGCAGCCAACUGCACAAAGGUUUUGGUCUGGCACACCAGGACCGAGAGGCCAAUGCUAGGUAAUGAAGGCAAACAUGGAUUUUCGGACCUAAGGAUGGAGGUGUAAAUGGAGAGAGAGCCCCAGGCUGGGUACAGGGGAGAGUUUACUCCUGAGAUGUGUCAACAGCAGCCUCCCACCUCACCAGCUCUGCUCAGCGCUUUGUUGAAGCCUUGGAGGAAUGCCCGGGUUGUUGCCAUGUCUACCAACAACCCCACUACUCCAAAGUCAGUAAAAACCAGGGUCAGGGCUCAUGCAGUGCCACAUGACCAUACAGAAUUUCACCUUUGACUUUAUGCACUUGCCACCAAUCUCUGGCUGUGAGAGCUCUCCUGGGUCCUGUGUUUUCAACCACUUGUUGGAAGGCGACUUCAUCAGAAACAAUCUAAAAUCCCUGCUGUGCCAUCUCUGGGCUGAAGCAACAGCAUCCGGGCUGUCCAGUGGACAGAACACUCAGUGUGCAUCCUGGGUCCCCCAGUGAGGACAUGAAAUUUGAGCUUCCACAAGACUGUGAGGGUUCGGAGGAGGGAGAUCUCGCGAAAGCACAAGGGAAAAUCCACCAGCAUAAGACAGGGUUGUUUUCAAAACUGUGUGAAAGUAAAUCCAACCUGAGGGGGUGUCCCUCUGAAGACGCAAUGCUUGGCAGGGCUGCCUCUGUCUGAGACACUCUUGUCCAUUACACACACUGGGGCAGGGGUCUAAGUGAGAGCACUUAAUUCUACAUUUCAGAGCUCAAGGAGGCACUUAGGCAUCGCCUCUAAGGAAUUGGGUGCCUAGGUGCUGAUUGAGAACCUCAACAGAGAACUGGGCUCUAUGUUUGGAAACUGGGGCCACACGGUGUCAAAUCUUCAUGUGCUGAGUUCUUUGGAUAAACACUUUCUCCCAUGCCAGGGGGAGGUAGGACCACACAGCUCCUGUGCCUCAUAGGCUGUCUUGCUGUAUGUUCUCUCUGACACUGGAAAGCAGGGGACAGUGCCUGGAUGGACUUUAAAGCCCGAUCCUCAGCACUGGAAUCCUUGUUGCACUAGCAUGAAGCAUUUGAUUGAUUAAAAAGUCUUGGAUUGUAUAUAUGGAAUUCUUCCCUAAACUCCAAUCUAGAACCAGAUCUCUAAGGAGUGGAGGGGAAUGGACAGUGAAGAACCAUAAGUCUCUGAUCACCCUCUGUGAGGAAGGUCAGCGGGACAGAGAACACAACCAUCAAGAAACAAACCUUGAGGAACUGGAAGUGAGGAGACAGUAAAUGGCAACUAAACAGCAGUGAAAGUGACGAGGACUGAACUUGGAGAAGAAUGUUUGGCGGCGUGAACAGAGAAGGGACUGUGUCCAGUCCGGAGCAAGCCUCAUUCCCCUGGUGGGGCAGGACACAGGCAGCCUGGAUAGAAUUCAAAGAAAGAGAAAGCAAUAGGAACUGAGGCUGAACAGGAUUUAAAGCAUAAGUGUUUGUACAAUGUGUGUGUGUGGGAGAGGGGUUGUUACUCAGAUUUCUACAGGAAGAGUCCUUGAACAAGCCUAAAAAUGCCCUUUCAUCACACCUUGAAAACAAUUUUCCCUCACGCCAUAAAAAAACAAAGCCCCAGGCUUUCAAAAUGCAUUGAAGCUUUUCAUGGCUGGGGGAAUUGGAACAGGACAUGUUAUGAGUAACUGAGCCACCGCCAAAAAAUUUGGGCAGGCAGGCGAUUUAUAUAUUUGUUGGCUUAUUUAAAUUAUGGUCCUUUUCUGCCUAUUUCCUGGUUUUUAACCUGAAUCAUCUAACAUGUUUAUGAAGGAGAUUUUUUCCUCCCCUGUUAUCCCACACUCUUUUAGAUCUCACUGAGGAAUGGCAGAUCUUGCAUUCACUGCUGAAAUGUCAUGUUUCUUGUUCCCUGUUGUUGUUUUUUUAACUGAGGUCUUUAAUCAGCAAAAUAAUCAGAAGCACAGUAAUGAGGUGAGUAAAUUAUAAGGGAAAGAAAGAUGCUUUAUGUGAGAGGGACAAGCGGCAUUAAGAGUGUGUCGUUUUCCCACUCUUCCAGCACUUGCAGCCUGGGCCAAAUGUGUGCAAGUGAUUGCCCCAGUCAGAACAUGCCCACCAUAGAAUUCUGGGAAGCUCCUGAGAAAAGGACCACUAAAAACAUUGGAGAAGUAGAGAUGGGCCGUGUCCCACUCUCAUGGAAGUCAGUAGCAAAACUUCCACUGCCCACUUCGAUGGGAGCAAGUGUAAAAGGGAAAGUGGAAGAGAGAUGAAACAUAUCUGAACAGAAGACGUGAGAGAUAAUGCAAUGGAUGGCAAAUAGAGAAACAGAUUUUGAGUUUGGAGGGUCUCAGGCCAGUGCCCAAAUGGGUCGGUGUCCACAUCACUAACUGGCCACCAUUUUGGCUAUCUCAGUUUGGAGGCGAAGAAGUGAAUAGGCCCUGGAGACUGAACUCCCCACUUGCUCCUAGAAAGAGUCCUUCCAGGGCAGGGGUGUUGCACAUUGGCAGGGGGAUCGUGAGGGAAGCCUUUCUCUGCCAUUGCCCAUGCUGUACCAUUCCUGGAUUCAGAGGUGGUCAGUCUCUAGGAUUGUCCAUUGUCUGAGCUCUGCGGUCCCUCCCUCACCUUUCAUUCUGGUGGGCCCAACCCACCAAUCCCAGUCAUCACAUAGGCUGGCUCCUUUCACCAGCACUAGACUGACACCAGCAUUAAAAAGAGAAAGUGACCUUUUUGCCUCCUUUGUUUCAGUAUAAAUGAACAAGCAAGAGAAAAGAAAUAAAGGGGCUGAUUUAAGAUCUUUCAUUUUCCCAUGGGGCCAGGGUGCCCCUCCACUAAGAGGGCAGGGUCAUUGCCAAGAGGAAGAGGAAGUGACAUUGUUCAGUAAAACCCGCUAACUAAAGAGAAUUGUAGAAUCUGUCUCAAGCCUUGCUUAGGCCCCUAAGUAAAACAAUGGAGUUGCUCUGAGAGUAAUACCUAGUGAAUGUUUCUAUCUAGGUUCUUACAUGGCCCUCAUCACCAUAGUAACUGAGCAUCUCCCAGGCACUGGUGGAUUUUUUUAUUCUCACAGAAACCCUACGAGAAAGCAAAGUAUUAUUUUCCCCAGUUUACAUAUGGGGAACUGAGACACUGAGAGACAGAGGCCAACUCUACACUAUAGACUUCUUGCUGGCAUAGCUGUGUUGGUCAGGGGUGUGACAAGGUGUGAUCUCUGACUGACAGAGCUGUGGCGGCCAAAGCCCAUAGGGAGAUGCAGUUAUACCAGCAAAACUGUGCUUUGUCUGGUAUAGCUUAGUUCACUUGGGAGGCUGGAGUAAGCUAUACCAGUAAAAGUACAGUUUUGUCAGUAUAAGCUGUGUCCACACUAGAAGCACUUUGCCAGUAUAGUAUACAAGUGUAGCUAUACCAGCAAGGUGUUCCUCGUGUAGACUUGGCCUGAGGACUUGUCUACACUUGAAAGAUUUGCCGUUAUACCUAUACCAGUGUAGCUAUGCCGGCUAUAUCUUUGUAGUGUAGACACAGCUUUGGCCAGGUCUACACUACAAGGACUAUAAUGGCAUAGCUACAGUGCCAGCGUAACGCUGUAGAGUAGAUGCAGCCUACAGCAAAGAAAGGGUUUUUUCUGUUGCUGUAGAAACAACACCUCCCUGAGUGAUGGAGCUAGGUUGACAGAAGCAUUCUUCAUAGAAUCAUAGACUCAUGGAAAUAUAGGGCUAGAAGGGACCUCAGGAGGUCAUCCAGUCCAGCCCCCUGCACUGAGGCAGCACCAAGCAAACUUCCAAGUAAAUUCUUCCAUUGACCUAGCUGCAUCUACACUGAGGGUUAGGCUGGCAUAUCUACGGCAUUCCGGGUUGUGGAUUUUUCAGACCCCUGAGUUCCAUAGCUAUGUUGGCCUAAAUUUUAAGUGUAGACUGGCCUUCUAUGGCAAAAAAAUAAUCCUUUUGCUGGGAUAGCCUAUACCAGUCUCCCAAAUACAAUAAGCCACACCAGCAAAAGAACUUUUGCCAGAACAGCUGUGUUGGCAAAAAUCACAUCACUAACCAACAUCGAUAGGUCUCAGUGGUAGAGCCAGUAAUUGCAUCAGGCUACAGUCCAGUCUGGGAGUCCAUAAUCACACGACCAUUCUAUCAGUCUGCAUAACUGGUUGUUUCUUCAUAGACGAGACUAAGGGUAGCAGAGAGUGCUAGUAGGAAUUCAGGUGUAUUUGCAGAGCUAUGAGGAGGUCAAGAACUGGAAGAGCAAGAGGUGCCACAUGUUAGGAUGGUAGCUUUUCAGAAAGGUCCCAAGAGUGGGACAGCAGUGAGUGCUGCAACUCAGGUUUGAGAUGCAUAGUUGGAGUUGGGAAGUGUGGAUACAGGACUGGAAUAAUGGGAAACUGUGGGUCUGGCUUGCUGUACUUAACAGUAUGGGGAAAGCCUCACAGCCCCUGGAUUUAAGCAGAAUAUGAAUGUCUGAUAUUCAUACUCUCUGCAAUGCAUUGGAGUCACCAAACAAUGAAUAUUAUUAACCUUUCCUAUUGUAAUAGCAAAAAAUAAUUUAAACAAGAGAGAGAGAAUGGCCAGGAUGUCAUCUGCAAUGGUCGUUUGUUUAUAAUGAAUGGUACUGGGGCAUUAUUAAACAUGCUGUGAAACGGUCAGUGUAGAACUGUGGUCUUGCUUACAGUGCAAGCAGCUGCUUCCUUCCAAGAAAAAGGCAGUGACUUUAUAAUAGAGAAUAUACUGUGGAGGGAGCCUCUGUUCUAAGUCAGAAGGUUUCCAAGGGCUUUCUCUUGAGUAUAGUCUUCAUCUGAUGCUAGAGCCAUGAGGGAGGAAAGAUAGUAUACAGUUUCCUUCCUCCAGGGCUGUGGAGGCUGCAGAUGUGAUGGGGGUGAGGGAUAAGAUGGAGGGGAAGAUGGUUUCAUUGUCUAAAUUCCUCAGAUCAUGACUUCUGCACCCCAGCCUGAUCUUAAGGUGGCAUGGUCCUUAAGGCUGGUGACAUGAAAACUAAAGUGACCCAUAAAAGAGCCGCUCAGAGAUGCAAACCAGGGUUGGCGCUGCUUACCCCUAAGAAGCCAUCACUGAGGAGUUGCCUGUUUGUCUUCACUCAGGGAGGGGGCAAUACAAUUAAGGAAGUGGAUGAGUGGGAUAUGGAUAUGUAAGGACAGUCAGCUCCGAAUCGCAAAGUGGAACAGGAGGGACCAGGAAAGGAUUCAAAAUGCUGAAAACCUGGUUCUUCUCCAUCUGAAAUCUUUCUCCCUUCAGUUCUUCUGCACACUGCAUUUUGUAUAUGUUUUGGUUUACUAUUCUAGGAGGGAGGCCAAUCUCAGGCCUUACGGGACUGGCACAGAAAUGCUAAGGCAGUAAAUCCCAAACUCUGUACCACAGAGCACUUGGUCUGUGGUGAGCUGGCUUCUUCCAUGGUUCUAAUACUCCUCAGUGUUUCC